AUGGAGCUGUUGCCCAUGAGCCUAACAAGGGCAAUUUGGUUAUUUCUAAUCAGUGCCAUCCUUCUCUGUUCCAUUCAAGUUCCAUGCUUCAUUGGAUCUGCCGCUAACUUCUCCAACGAAACGGAUCGCCUUUCUUUGCUCUGCUUCAAAGAUCAGGUAACCGACGAUCCUCUCAAUUCCUUGAGCUCUUGGGACGAUAAUCUCCACUUCUGCUACUGGCAAGGAAUCACAUGCAGUGGUCUCCGGCAUCCUCAGAGAGUCACCGCCUUGAACCUCACCGGCCAGAACUUGGUGGGCCGCAUCUCUCCCUUCAUUGGGAACCUCACCUUCCUCAGGAUAAUCAAUCUCGCAAACAACAGCUUCCACGGGAAGAUUCCUGAAGAGAGAGGCCGUUUGCGUCGCCUGCGGUAUCUCAGUCUCACCAAUAACACAUUCACCGGAGAAAUUCCAGCAAAUCUGACCCACUGUUUGAAACUCGAAGUCCUUAAUCUUUACGGGAAUCAGCUGUCUGGGAGGAUUCUGAUUCCAACUGAGGUUGGCUCUCUAUUGAAGCUCACAAGAUUGGACCUUGGUAACAACAAUCUUAUAGGAAGCAUACCACCUUCACUUGGAAACCUUUCGUCUCUCACUUACCUUUAUCUCCGAAGAAAUAGUCUGACGGGCAGCAUCCCGGGUGAAUUCAGCCAGUUGGUAAGCUUAGAGGUUCUUAGCAUAAGUGAAAAUGAAGUUUCAGGACCCAUACCAGUUUCAUUAUCCAAUGCUUCUGGGCUUUUAGUUAUUAAACUUGCUAUCAACAGUUUUAGUGGGUCCGUGCCUAUGAAUUUUGGAAGACUCAAGGGUCUCUCCAAAUUAUAUUUGGGAGGCAAUCGACUUGGAAUUGGGAAAUCUCACGACUUGAGUUUUCUCCAUUCUUUGACAAAUUGCAGUAGCUUGCAAGAAUUGGACGUAAGCGAUAAUCGUCUCAGCGGUUCGUUGCCUGACUCUAUGGGCAAUCUUUCAACCCAGCUGAGAAUACUAUGGUUAGGGAGUAACAGGAUAUUCGGAAGCAUACCAUCUGGGAUUCAGAAUCUUGUCGGCUUAACAACACUGAGAAUGGAGUACAACUCUCUUACAGGUAUUAUUCCCAUUGGUGUUGUGAAGCUUAACGAAUUGAGAUGA